AUGACUGAAUUCUACGAUCUUGGAGCACAUUGUUGUUUUGAUGGAUGCCAUGAGAAGGAUUUUCUUCCGUUCAAAUGUACUCAUUGUGGAAAGACAUUUUGUUUGAAUCAUAGAAGUUUUGAUGCUCACAAAUGUUCCUAUCUGCAAGAACAAGGAGUUGUUGCACCAUUUUGUCCUCUAUGCAAUCAGGUUCUUCCAUUUCGUGCCAGUGAAAGAGAGAAUCCUAAUGAUGUUGUUGAAAGACACAUUAGCAGUGGAAAGUGUCCAGCAAUGAAUCAAAAUGCAUCAAAACAGCCAACUUCUUCUCUUAGUAGUGCUGAAAUGUGUGCUUUGGGAGGAUGUGGUCAAAAGUCAAUUAUCAAAUGUAAAGGAUGUAACAAAUCAUUUUGUGUAGAACAUAGAUUGGAUUUCGAUCAUAAUUGUGACUCGUUGAAAAAACAAAAAUCAAGAUCAGGCGGCUCAUCAAGUAUUGGACCUUUUAAUAUCAAGAGUGGAUCCUCUGUUCCUAUAACUGCAAACAAAUGGAAAGGUCAGAGAAAGGAUGCUGGAAAAUUAUUAUCUAAUCAAUUCCAGAACAAACCUCUAUUCCCAGUUGGUCAAUCCUCAAUUGCAACUCAGGAUAGAUACUUUUUGGAUGUUUAUUUCCCAAUCAAUAAUCAAAUACAGCCAAUUCACAUGUUCUUCAGUAAGACUUGGUCAGUUGGAAAAGUUUUGGAUAAAAUUGCUGAACAAGGAAAAGUUAAGAAUAACAACUCGACAGAAUUGGAUCUCAGUAAGCGAUUGAAUUUAUUCAAUUUUGAUGGAGUUAAAUUGCCGACAGACAAGAAACUCUCUGAACUACCUCCAUCCCUUCUCAAGAGUAGAGAUGGAAUCAUUCUAGAGUAUGGAGAAGCACUAGACCCAACUGUUAUUGACCAAACAUUAAAGGACAUUUCUGAGGGAUCUUCUUCUGGAUGCUUGAUUUGUUAA